AUGAAUGAGGUUGAUGACUACAAACUUUACUGGGAGACGGAGGACGAAGAGCGACCGCAGCACUACUUUCCUGGCAGCUACCAUCCCGUCAAAAUUGGCGACACAUUUUCAAAUGGAAGAUACACCAUCGUCCACAAACUAGGUCACGGUGGUUACAGCACAGUCUGGCUAGCUCGCGAUAAGAGUCAAGACCAAUUCGUCGCACUGAAGAUUAUGGUCCCCGAGCAGCAAUCGCAGUUUGAGUUACAGAACUACGGCGUCGAAAUCGAACUUCUUCGUGAGCUUCAUCGAAUUCCCACGGGCCACCCCGGAAAAUCGAUGCUUAUGUCUUGUCUGGACUCAUUCAGUCACGAUGGACCCAACGGCACUCAUCUCUGCUUCGUGAGUCUGCCCCAUCGGAUCAGCGUUGGCCAAAGCAGGCAUGAGUCCCAAGGUAGUGGAACAUUCAAAGUUCAAGUGGCACGGGCAAUGGCUGCUCAAAUGAUCAUUGUCUUGUCUUUCCUUCAUGCGAAUGGCGUGGUACACGGAGAUUUUACUCCCAAUAACCUUCUUCUUGCACCGCCUAACCUGUCUGGUAUGACAACUGAUGAGCUCUACCGCAAAUAUGGUGAGCCAUUCAGAGCGAUGACGGAGCGCCAUGACGGGAAACCAGUUCCCCGAGGUGUUCCGCCGUAUAUAGUGCCGGAAAUCUGGUUUGGUGACCGAAGCACAGAAUUGGAACUUUGCAACGCCAAGGUUACUCUGACUGACUUGGGCGAAGCCUGGAGGCCAGCGCUUCGCUCACGAUAUCAUCUCAACACUCCAGACAAGUAUUGCGCCCCGGAAGCAAAUUUCGCCGAGAAUGAAAACGUUCCUCUGGGUUUUCCGUCGGACGUCUGGUCUCUAGGCGUAGGGAUCUUCGAGUUGUUCGGCGGUAGUCUCUUCGAGGCGUCACCAGACCCAGAUGACAUGCUCGAAGAUAUGAUCAACGUACUCGGAAAACCGCCGCAGAGAUGGUGGGAUAUGUGGGAAGCCAAGGAGGACUUCUUCAGUGGAGGGGAGGCAUGGGAUGAGAAUGGGCACAGCCCGCAAAUCACGCACGUUUUGCUCGAAGAAAGAUUGCGGGUAUGGGUUGACCGCUACCAGAGGGGCAGCAUGACGACGGAAGAGAUAGAGGACCUGCACGAACUCGUCAAGCAGAUUCUCCGCUGGGAGCCUGACGAUCGACCUACCGCGGACGAGCUGCUUCGCGCACCCUGGAUGAAUAAGUGGGGACUUCCUGCUCUGGACGCGAUAUGGUAG